UUCUAUUUUUUGGAUAUGGCAGCAACGAUAGAUAUGUAUAAUAGCAGCAGCAACUCAGUUUUUUCAGAUCCUUUUAGUGAAGAGUUAAUGAAAGCACUUGAACCUUUUAUGAAAAGUGCUUCUUCUCCAUCUUCUUCUUUAUCUAAAAUGGAUCCUGGAAUUUGUAACCCAUCGAGUACCCACGUGUUUUCUAAUCAUGGGUUCUUUAGCUAUAACAAUCCGGUGAGUUUUGAGCAAACAGGUUCAAUUGGGCUUAACCAGCUCAACCCUUCUCAAAUCCUUCAAAUGCAAGCUCAAAUCUAUCAUCAGCAGCAGCAGCAGGUUGAUUCUAUGGUUCCAAAAACAUGCCUUGGAAACCAGAGGCUCAACUUUCUUUUCCCAAAACCUGUCCCUAUGAAACACGUGUCUUCAACUCCUCCAAAGCCUGCAAAACUGUACAGGGGAGUGAGGCAGAGGCACUGGGGGAAAUGGGUUGCCGAAAUCAGACUCCCCAAGAACCGAACCCGACUCUGGCUCGGCACUUUCGAUACAGCCGAAGAGGCAGCUUUGGCCUAUGACAAAGCUGCUUAUAUGCUCCGAGGAGAGUUCGCCAGGCUCAAUUUCCCCCACCUCAAGCAUCAAGGACUCCAUCUUUCUGGCUUCAAACCCCUCCAUUCCUCGGUUGAUGCAAAGCUACAAGCCAUCUGUGAGAGCCUGGAGAAACAAGGGAAACCAGAAUCAAAACCCAAGGUGAAGAGCGAGGAGUUGGAUCUGUCUCCAAAGUUACCCCAUCUAAAAGUCGAGAAUUCACCGGAUUUAUCCGAUGAAUCACUGGCAGGGUCUUCUUCAUCAGAAUCCGGUAUCACUUUCUUGGAUUUCUCUGAUUCGAAGUGGGGAGACGAUGAGAACUUCAGUUUGGAAAAGUUCCCUUCGGUUGAAAUUGAUUGGGAAGCCAUCAGUGAACUCUCUUAAGUCUUGAAAACAAAAUUACAGCUACUAUCGUGUAAUCUUUUUCUUGUACUAGCCUCUACAAUUAAAUUUUUGACAUUUGUAGAGUUUGCUACAGUGUAUUAUUAGGUGUCAAUGUGUUGUAAGAGAGGUCUUGCUGGUACUUUUUAUCCAAGCAACGCCCCUUUGGAGACCUUCCAAGCUUAUGUUCUGCUGUAUUAUUAU